AGUCAAGAGAGAGAGAAACACCAUUUUCUUUAGCGUAGCUUUCCAUAGUAGCCCCUUCUCUUUUCCUACCCCGGAGGAAUUUUUUAACAAUUUCCUUGAUAAAUCCCACACCCAGUUGGCCAAUUGUCUCUCUUCGUCGCCGGCUGCCCCUCUCCCUGCAAAGCUGGCGCCAAAGAGUACUCAUCACGCUCAUGUCUUUCUGCACAUAGAUACAAUUUUCACGAAGGUACUUGCACUGGUAGGAUUUCGGAUUCGAUCAGUGGCGAUCCCGGAGCGAGGUCCGAGAUUCUAGUUGCUCUAGGCGAAUUUUGUGGAAUUUUCCGAGAAUUUGGAAUUUUUCUCAUGGCGAAUUAGCUUUGGAACAAAUAGGAGUUGCAGUUGGAUUCUCAGCGAAAUUGAGCGAGGAUCCAUUUAUGUUUUUCUUGGAGUCAGCGUUUUGCGGUGAUGAGCCGUGGAUCCAUUUGUAUAAGCUUGGUUGAAGUAGCGGAAGUGAAGAUAUUUGAGUCCUAGCUUUCGGAUUUUCGAUAAUCUUUUGCAAGUCUUUUUAGCUCUGGCUGGACAGUGGGGGUCUAAGAUAUUUCGAAGACCAUCCGACGAUGUCCAAAGUGGUGUAUGAGGGAUGGAUGGUGAGAUAUGGACGAAGGAAGAUAGGGAGAUCAUUCAUUCAUAUGAGAUACUUUGUUCUGGAGACUCGGUUGCUGGCUUACUACAAGAGGAAGCCUCAGGACAAUGUGGUCCCAAUCAAGACACUUCUCAUAGAUGGCAAUUGUCGGGUUGAGGACCGUGGGUUGAAGACUCAGCAUGGACACAUGGUCUAUGUCUUGUCUGUUUACAACAAGAAAGAGAAGUAUAAUCGUAUCACGAUGGCAGCUUUCAACAUUCAAGAGGCCCUGAUUUGGAAGGAAAAGAUUGAGUCUGUCAUUGAUCAGCAUCAAGAGUCACAACCAUCUAAUGGGAACAAGUAUGUCUCCUUUGAGUAUAAAUCUGGUGCGGACAAUGACAGGAAUGGUUCCUCAACAGAUCAUGAAAGUCAGUUCAGUGCUGCUGAAGAGGAAGAUGAAUCUAGUCAUAGCUUGUUGCGAAGAACAACAAUUGGGAAUGGUCCUCCUGAGUCUGUUUUUGACUGGACCAAGGAAAUUGACUCAGACUUGGCAAACCAGAAUGCCAACAAUCAGGCAUUUUCUAGAAAGUAUUGGCGUCUGCUCCAAUGUCAAAAUGGACUUCGCAUAUUCGAGGAACUUGUUGAUGUUGAUAUUCUUCCAAAGAGUUGCAGUAGAGCAAUGAAAGCUGUUGGGGUUGUUGAAGCUAGUUGUGAAGAAAUAUUCGAGCUUGUCAUGAGCAUGGACACAACACGUUUUGAGUGGGAUUGCACAUUUCAAUAUGGUAGUUUAGUUGAGGAGGUGGACGGACAUACAGCAAUCCUCUAUCACCGCCUUCAACUUGACUGGUUCCCAACGCUGGUGUGGCCACGUGAUCUGUGUUAUGUCCGCUAUUGGCGUCGAAAUGAUGAUGGAAGUUAUGUUGUAUUAUUUCGUUCUAGGGAGCAUGAAAAUUGUGGUCCACAGCCUGGAUAUAUCCGUGCUCAUAUUGAGAGUGGUGGAUAUAAUAUUUCCUCUCUGAAACCACGUAAUGGUAGGCCUAGAACACAGGUGCAGCAUCUCAUGCAGAUUUAUUUAAAAGGAUGGGGGGUAGGUUAUAUCCCGUCAUUUCAGCAACAUUGCUUGCUUCAGAUGCUGAACAGUGUUGCUGGACUACGUGAGUAUUUUUCACAAACUGAUGAAAGGUCAUCAGCUCCAAGAAUCCCAGUUAUGGUCAAUAUGACCUCAGCUUCUGGUUCCUCUAAGAAGAAACAAAAAUCUCAGGAAACUUCUCUUCACCAUCACCGUAAUUCUUCUCUAGACCAAAUGAGUGCUGCAAAUAAAAAUGCAGCAAUGUUGGAUGAAUACUCUGACGAGGAUGAAGAAUUUCAAUUAGCAGAUGAAGAGGCAGAGCGGCCAAAAGUUGAUAAUGAAAUGAAAAUGAACGUUGAAGCCCGUGAAGAAGAACCCACGGAUCAAAUAGAUUUGUCCAUUUUCUCUGGUAAUCUUCGGCGUGAUGACCGUGACAAUGCACGUGAAUGUUGGACUCUAUCUGAUGGAAACAACUUCAGGGUUCGGAGCAGGAGUUUUUGCUUUGAUAAAUCCAAGAUUCCAGCUGGUAAACACACCAUGGAUCUUGUUGCAGUAGAUUGGUUGAAAGAUGCAAAACGGAUGGACCAUGUCGCAAGGCGACAUGGUUGUGCAGCACAAGUUGCUUCAGAAAAAGGGCUCUUCUCUUUGGUUGUAAAUCUGCAAGUACCUGCAUCAACACAUUACAGCAUGGUUUUCUAUCUUGUCACUAAAUCUCUCGUUCCUGGUUCUCUAUUACAACGAUUUGUCGAUGGGGAUGAUGAGUUUCGCAAUAGUAGACUAAAACUAAUACCAUCAGUGCCCAAGGGCUCAUGGAUUGUACGGCAGAGUGUUGGAACCUCCCCUUGCUUGCUUGGAAAGGCGGUUGAUUGCAACUACAUCCGAGGUCCCAAGUAUUUGGAAAUUGAUGUUGAUAUUGGUUCGUCUACUGUGGCAACUGGAGUUCUGGGGCUCGUGACCGGUUUGAUUUCAGCCCUAGUGGUUGACAUGGCUUUUCUUAUACAGGGAAACACCCCUGAAGAUUUGCCAGAGCGGAUCUUGUCUGCUGUCAGAGUUUCGCAUGUAGAAUUGAAAUCCGCUAUUAAACCAAAUCUGGAGGCCGACGAUGCAUAGUAUAUUACUAUUAGGACAAGUCAUGCCCUUGUGUGUGUCACACAAUUGCGCUCUUAGAUUUACAACAAAACAUUUAUAAUAUCCUCUCCUUUUUUGUGAAAUAAAACCCCCAUUUAUUGAUUUAGUCUCUUAAAUUCUCAAGUGGAUGGUGUAAAGCAGCGAGGCACAUUCCUUCCGUU